AUGCCAUCAUCCGUCGCCUCCUUAGACGACACAUCAUCAAUCUCCUCCUACGAUUCGGACGAGGAGUACCGUCUCGCACAACAGGAAUGGGAAGAAAGCCUUGAACAACUUCAGCAGCUCGUCGCUGUUGUUAUUUUGCCGUUCUUCGGCAAGUGGUUAGGUCGGCGUUGGAGCCACAUUGCCUAUGCACGAUAUCUGCGCGUUGGUCUGAGCAAGGCCUUUUUCUUUGGCGAAGCAACACCAAAGUCUCAGUGCUGA